UCUAUAAGUACAAGGAACCCUUCUCUUCACAUUCCUCACAUCCAACAACAAACUUUUUUCUCUCUAAAAAACUAAACUUUCUUUAUCAUAUUCUUUGCUUAGUGCUCGAAACAGUUAGAGAUGCUUCAGAACAUCAUCAACAAGAUAACUGGCGAUGAUGAAAGUGGGAACAAGAAGGUUGAAGGGACAGUGGUGUUGAUGAAAAAGAAUGUUUUGGACUUCAAUGACUUCAAUGCUUCGGUUCUUGAUCGAGUCCAUGAGUUGUUAGGCCAAAAGGUUUCUUUUCAGCUCAUAAGUGCUGUUAAUGGUGACCCUGCAAAUGGGUUGCAAGGGAAACUUGGAAGGCCAGCAUAUUUGGAAAACUGGAUAACCACAAUCACCCCCUUAAUAGCAGGGGAGUCUGCAUUCAAGGUUACCUUUGACUGGGACAAUGAAAUAGGAGUUCCAGGAGCAUUUUUAAUAAAAAACAACCAUCACAGUGAGUUCUAUCUUAAAAGUCUUACGCUUGAAGAUGUUCCAGGUCAAGGCCGGGUCCAUUUUGUUUGCAAUUCAUGGGUUUAUCCUGCAGACAAAUACAGAAAGGACCGUGUUUUCUUCUCCAACAAGACAUAUCUUCCAAGUGAUACCCCAGUGCCACUGCUAAAGUACCGAGAAAACGAGCUAGUGAACCUGAGAGGAGAUGGAAAAGGAGAGCUUCAGGAAUGGGAAAGGGUGUAUGACUAUGCUUACUACAAUGAUUUGGGCGAUCCAGAUAAAAAUGCUAAAUAUGCCCGUCCAGUUCUUGGAGGUUCUAGCGAGUACCCUUACCCACGUAGGGGAAGAACUGGACGACCACCAACGAAGACAGAUCCUAAAACUGAGAGCAGGCUGAAGCUUCUUAUGAGCUUAAACAUUUAUGUUCCAAGAGAUGAACGAUUUGGUCACUUGAAGCUGUCAGACUUCCUUGCUUAUGCACUAAAAUCCAUAGGCCAAUUCCUGAAACCUGAACUAGAAUCUCUAUUUGACAGCACUCCAAAUGAGUUUGAUAGUUUCAAAGAUGUACUUAAACUCUAUGAAGGAGGAAUUAAGUUGCCUGACGGUCUGCUUAAAGAUAUUACAGACAACAUCCCUGCGGAGUUGCUCAAGCAAGUUUUCCCAAUCGAUGGUGAAGGACUCCUCAAAUACCCAAUGCCCCAAGUGAUUGAAGAAGAUAGGUCUGCAUGGAGGACUGAUGAAGAAUUUGCCAGAGAGAUGCUUGCGGGAGUAAACCCUGUCAACAUUAGCUGCCUCAAAGAAUUCCCUCCCACAAGCAAGCUAGAUCCUAAAGUGUAUGGAGAUCAAAACAGUACAAUUACCAGAGAACACAUAGAAAAAAACCUAGAUGGGCUCACCAUCGAGGAGGCACUCGAGAAGAACAAGUUAUUCAUAUUGGAUCACCACGAUGCUAUCUUGCCUUAUUUGAGGAGGAUAAACUCAACUUCCACAAAGACUUACGCCAGCAGGACACUCCUUUUCUUGAAAAAUGAUGGGGCAUUGAAACCACUCGUGAUUGAAUUAAGCUUGCCUCAUCCUGAAGGAGACCAAUAUGGUGCCAUUAGCAAAGUGUACACACCAGCUGAGCAAGGCAUUGAAGGUUCUGUUUGGCAACUGGCAAAAGCUUAUGUUGCUGUUAAUGACUCUGGCUACCAUCAGCUAAUUAGCCAUUGGUUAAAUACCCAUGCGGUGAUUGAGCCAUUUGUGAUAGCAACAAACAGGCAGCUGAGUGUGCUCCAUCCAAUUUACAAGCUUUUGCAUCCUCAUUUCCGUGACACCAUGAAUAUAAAUGCACUCGCUCGGCAGAUCCUCAUUAAUGGUGGCGGAAUUCUUGAGACAACAGUUUUUCCAGCAAAGUAUUCUAUGGAGAUGUCAUCAGUAGUUUAUAAGGACUGGGUUUUUCCUGAGCAAGCACUUCCUGCAGACCUCCUCAAGAGAGGAAUGGCAGUCAAGGAUCCAAAUUCGCCACAUGGUCUCCGCUUAGUGCUUGAGGACUAUCCAUAUGCUGUUGAUGGCCUUGAAAUCUGGUCAGCAAUUAACUCAUGGGUUAAAGACUAUUGUUCCUACUACUACGAGACUGAUAGCGUAGUUCAGAAAGAUGCUGAACUCCAAUCCUGGUGGAGGGAACUCAGAGAGCAGGGCCAUGGUGACAAGAAAGAUGAGUCCUGGUGGCCUAAAAUGCAGACACGCGAAGAGCUUGUUGAAACAUGCACUCUCAUUAUAUGGAUUGCUUCUGCACUUCAUGCAGCGGUUAACUAUGGACAGUACCCUUAUGCAGGCUACCUCCCUAACCGUCCAACAAUUAGCCGAAGAUUCAUGCCUGAAGAAGGCACUCCUGUAUAUGAUGAACUCAAGUCAGACCCUGAUAAAGUUUACUUGAAAACAAUCACUGCCCAGCUGCAGACGCUGCUUGGUGUUUCACUUAUAGAAAUCUUGUCAAGGCAUUCUACGGAUGAGGUCUAUCUUGGGCAGAGAGAUACUCGUGAAUGGACCUUCGACACAAAGCCAUUAGAAGCCUUUGACAGAUUUGGAAAGAAGCUGGCUGAAAUUGAGGACAGAAUUGUGACAAUGAACAAUGAUAAGAAGUGGAAAAACCGAGUUGGACCAGUGAAAGUGCCAUAUACUUUGCUCUAUCCCACUAGUGAAGGUGGACUUACUGGCAAGGGAAUUCCCAAUAGUGUCUCAAUCUAAAGCUUUCUCUACUUGGGUUGUACUUAGCUAAAAUUCUACGUUUUUCUUUCUUCUUUUUUGACAACUUAUGCUAUGAAUAUUUCAUUUAAUUUCUCCUUAAUAAAGAUGAGUAGCUAUGAAAUAAUCUAAUCCUACAUGCUUUAAACU